UUUCAGUCUCUAGUUUGAAAAUAAACAUCCAUGUUGUUUUUCAUAUUAGGAUGUCAGCAUUUAUGAUUUCCAGAUUCUAGAAUGACUGAUACAUAUUCAAAUGAAAUAACAGAAAAUGAAGCAGAUGAAGGUUUAAAUGAUUUCUUCUACUUUCUGGAAGGACACGGAGUUGUUGAUCUAACGAAUGGAAUAAGGGUAAGAACAAAACCAGAACUUUCAGAAGACUUAAAAUGUUUUAAAGCUGAAAGAUGGAAAGCUGAAGAAAGGAAUAUGUAUCUAAAUGAGUUAAGUCUCCCUUCUGGUUUCAAGCUGGUAACCGAUAUCUAUAAAAUAUCAAUCAAAUCAGAGAAAAAUGGUUUAGAAGAGGCAAGUGAUCCCUCGGAAAGGAAACGUUUAGGAAAACGGCAAUGUUUGUUUUCACUUCGGGAUAGUUAUAAAGAAGAUAGUCAUUUCCAAGUUCCAGUGGACGACACAUAUGUAAAAGAUAGUGAUAUAAACCAUUACUGGGCAUUAAUUGAGGAUGGUGAAAAUCAGUGGAAAAAAAUUCCCGCGAGGAUAACGUUUGAUUUCAUUGAAUUCCCGUGUUGUCGACUUAACAAUUUUCUGAUUGUGUAUAGUCCAAACAAGAUCAAACAUGUCGUUCAUCCAAAUGGAUCAACAAUAAACACUGGCAAAGACGAUGGUAUGACUGUCCAAUUUGAAAAGGAUUGUGUCAAUAAAGAACUUACAUUGGAAUAUACGGUGCAAAGGCCAAGUGGAAAAUACAUAAACAAUGAUUCGAAUUCAGCAACACAAGUAAAAGCUGUAAGCCAUAAAAUAACAUUAAAUUAUAAGAAGACGAAAUUAAACGGGCCAAUAAAUGUAUCUGCAAGACUUAACAAUGACACAAAUGAUACUGGAGAACCCGAAUCUCACGACGAUUCCAAUGUUCAAAUGAUACUAUUCAAGCAGGGAAGACUCAUUAUUCAGAACCCAACACGUCUGACUACUGGAGAGUAUACUGGACAAAUAAUAGAUUCUGAAGAAAGCGUACUGUUUGCAAGAAUCAAACGGCAAGAAAAUCUUAAAGCUGAAUUAUCAGAUGAAUUAGAACUAUUUUAUGGAAACACGAUGCUAUGCAACAUUUUGCUGUUUUACGAAAAGAAACAUGGGAAGACUAUCCACCUGAUCACAGAAUGCUGCUUGAAACAACAUGUGGAGUUUAUAUGUGCAGAGCAUGAAAAAAAUGGGAAAAUUAGGGUUUUUACUUCAAAAGAUGUAUUUUUGCCCUCUCAUCAGAGGAUUCGAAUUCGUCCAGAUGGAUGUUUAAGACUAAGAACGACCAGAAAGGGUCAUCAACACUCCUUUUUGUAUUUCAUGUACGUUGCACAAGAAAAUUUUACAUCUUUUUCAGUAGAUUUCUGGGGGACAUUGGGAAAUGCGUUGAAUGCUGUAGUAGAAUUUUCUACAGAUAUUCAAAAGCGAGGUGACAUCGCGAAGGCAGAUUUCAACAUAAAUAAUAUUCUGGUUCCAAAAUACUUUGAUAGAGUAACCACCAUGAUGUAGCAUAUUUAGUUAUGUUCAUACUAAAAUGAUAUUCUAAUACACUUUAAAAUUGUUUCAUAGGAAAAUUAUGCAUUUUUUUUUCUCUUAGUUUAUAAUUCGUUCUUAGUGGUUGAGAUUGUUUGUUUGUAUGCUGAAUCAUGAUUUCUCCAUCAGUUCUUUUUAAAUACUGAAUCAGUUUGUCAGUUACCCUUUUGUAACUGUUACGAAUUUGUCGGCCAAAUGAGUAAAAACAAAAUAGCAAAAAUACUGAACUCCAAGGAAAAUUGAAAGUCCCUUAUCAAAUGGCAAAAUCAAAAGUUCAAACACAUCAAACGAUUGAAAAAAAACUGCCAUAUUCCUGACUUGGUACAGACAUUUUUUUAUGUAUAAAAUGGUGGAUUAAACCUGGUUUUAUAGCUUGAGGUUCCCUUGCUUCAUUAAGAGGACUCCUACAAAUGAAAGCCAUAGGAAAAGGGGAAGAAGCCUUGUAAUUUUGUGGUCUAUAGGUCAGAGUUAAAGGUCAUUGUUACAUUUAGGAAGAGUGAGUCUUUAUGGUAACUCGAGUUUCCCUUGCUUGAUUGGAGUGAAACUUAUACAUAUAGAAGAUAUAGUGAAGGGGUGAACAUCUAUAGAUUUUGGAGUCAAUGGGCCAAACUUUUGGUAUCGGCUUCAAAUUUGGUUUCUUGAUAUCGGACUUUUUAUACCCCUGGAGCAUAAACUGUAGUUCUUUGCUUUUUCUCACAUUUCAGUUAUUGAAUUGUCACACCAAGCAUAUCAUUCAUUUAACCCUCAAAAUAUGAGAAAAAAACAUUGCAUGAUCCAAUCGCUUAAGUGUUUUUAUUUCAUCUAGUGUUGAAAUGUGUCAUUUUUAUAACACAACUAAUACGACUAUUCGAAGAAUUCAAGUAUAUAAGAAUAUUUAAAGAAUGACCGAACAACACAUUAAUACAAUAAUGCACGUAGCACAUGAGUUAAUCAUCAGUGUAGUUCGGUCACAUAUUGCAUUUAUUUAGGUAUUUGAAUUCUUGGAUUAGUUAUUAUUUUUAUCACAUUGACUAUGGUUUUAUUAUGAAAAUAAAUAAAGUAUAAAAUACAA